GCCGGGACUUACUCCUUACAAAGGCCAAUGCAAAGACACUAAAGUCUGUGUAAAUCAUUUUUCUUUUGCUAUAAUAAGUGUAAAAUCUAGGGUUGGCAAUGGUUGCCUGACGGGGAAAUGAUUAUUCACAUGGAAUGAACCCAGUACAAAAAGAAACCUCAAUGGUAGUUGGUACCAGGAAGGUCCAGAGCAUGCCAGACUCCUGUGAACACCAACAUUAGCAAAAGGGAGGUACAGAUAUAUACAAAAUACAAAUAAAUAAAGGACCCAUACAACUUAAUCUAAGCAACUAAAGUUCAGACAGAAAUAUAGACAAAUACAACAUAACUGUGCCUAAAGUAUAUAGAAUGAAUGCACAUAGUGGUAAUAGUGAGGGCUAGGAACUUGGUUUAAAAGCUUGCAUUCUAACUGCUCUGUUUUUCUAAUGAAAGUGUAAAAGAACAUUUAAAGGUACAGGAUGAAUAAAAGUUGCAUUACCUUUAGGAAACUGGUUGUGGUGGUUCCGAGAGGCAUAGCAUUUUCCAGUCUUAUUCCAAUGACUAAAUGAUGGCAGGGCUGGGAAUGAUAUGAGGGAGAAGUGGCAUGCCCUCAGUAUGAGAGAAGAUGAGGAGUGCCUUGUGACUUGUCUCUCUCUCUUCCUCGACACCCCCCAUCAGAACUCCCAUCCGAUUUGUAUGUUAAUACAGUAUCUUUUGGUUUGCAGAGCUCUCAGCUGGGAGAGGCUACACUGGCUAAUUUCUCCAUCUGCGCUUGGUGAUUGGGUUAAAGGAAGGGCCAGUGGCUGCGGAGAGAGUGCAGCUUGUUUACCUCCUCUAGGCAGAGAUCAGUAGAGCAUUAAGCUUUUAAUUGAGGUAUAAGUGUAUCAUUUGGGAAGGUGAACGAAUUGGAGGCCAGUCGCCUCUCCAUCAGAGGCAGCUCCAAGGAUCCGGGAACAAAUGCAGUCGCUCUGCUAAAUCAGAUAGCGAUUUCGGGAGACGAGACAACAAGCCGUAAUCAAGAAUGCUUUUGGGUGCUCCGGCCCAUGGUGGUCCUUUGUUGGCUUCUCUUGGCUUCCCCAGUCGGCCCCUCCAGACCCACCUGGACAUCAAACAUCUUCUGACCUUCAGAAUUAAUGGAGUGUCUCCUCUUAGCCUCUUCCCCAACUUCAAUGCAAUGGACCCAGUGCAGAAAGCUGUUAUUAAUCACACGUUUGGUGGGCCUACAGCCCAGAGGAGGAGGCCGUUUAUAUCCUGUAAUAUAUGUCAUCUCAGGUUCAACUCCCUGAACCAGGCCGAGGCCCAUUACAAAGGGCACAAGCACGCGAGGAAGCUCCGAGCAUUGGAGGGUUCAAGGCACAAACAGAAGCAGCGCAAUGGCAGUCGAGAAAGGACAUCGCUGCCCCUGCUGGACACAAAGAGAACGACGGAUUCCCAGGACCCCAUUGAACUUAAUGAGAUUUCUGGGGAGUGUGAGGAGGAAGCAGAGCACAGCCCGUUACCCCCAACCCCAGAACCUGCCCUGGAAGAACCAGACGAGGAGUGUGUAUCCCCAGAUGUGUCCGACAGCUCAACUGAACCCCUCGACUCCGCUGCUCCAAUAACCCCAGACAGUCCAGGGAAAGGCUCGGAGGAGAGCAGUGUUUGUACUCAGGAGAGUGAAAAGGAACAGAAGAGUCGGGAGCACUUGUAUUGCACCAGCUGCAAAGUCACUGUCAAUUCCACAUCCCAACUGGAAGCUCAUAAUGCUGGUGCAAAGCACAAAUCCAUCCUGGAGGGACAAACCACCCCCCCGAGGAGAGGCAGGGGCAAAGCUCUGAACAGGACGGGCCGCAAGCCAAAAAGGAUCGGCAACAAAACCAGCGUUGGGAUCCACAAUAAGACUUUCCACUGCUCCGUCUGUGAAAUUCACGUCAACUCCGAAACACAACUCAAACAGCACAUGAGCAGCCGGAGGCACAGGGACCGACUGUCGGGGAAACCCACGAAGCCGAAAUACAGCCCCUUUAGUAAAUUACAGAGAAGUGCAGCGUUAGUGACCCGCCUGGCUCUACACAAGCACCUCACUAAGACUCUGGCCGCCCGUUUUCUCCCCAAUCCUAUGACUCCGCCUACAGUCUGCGCCCUCCCCGGCCCCCUGACACUGCGCCCGGCCACGGCAGCCGCCCUCUUCCAGAGCCCUCUGAUUGGACCAGCUCUGUUCCGUAGCCCCACCCCUUCUCUGCGACCGCCUCCCACUCCCAUAAUGUUUGCUCCAUAUUAGGGUUCAGCCCCAUUUGGGAUUUUACAAAUGACUGUGGGGGGUCGGUGGGGUUCCUGCAGCAAUAUGAACACUGCUUCCUCCUGGGGGGGCCAAUUAUAUAUGAUCAUCGCUUGACAUGUGACCUGUGGGCUCCACAAUUAGCUGCUGGGGCCACUGAGGCCUUGGACGGAAUGAAAAUCCAAUAUUGGGAGAGAAAUAAGAUUGUCAGAGCCAUUGGCACCAAGACAAACGGGUAACGACUGUGAGAGUUGUGCCAAACACUGACACUUUAGCUACAGUCCCGUGUGCUCAACAAAUAUACAGACCCCUCUGCAAUACAUUCGACUCUUCCCAAUUCUGUGCAGCUGCUCGGCUGCAGGUGCUGGGAGUUGUACGAUUCAGAGGUGCUCUCCUUGCACUCACAAAGGCUAUUGCUGCACACUAUACACAACACUAUACACAACACUAUACACAACACUAUACACUAUACACAAUAUGUAUACACAACACUAUA